GGUGUCGCCUGCACCAAUCAGGUGGCGCCCCAUCACGCACCUCCCUUCCCUCCUGAGCCGAGCCUCUGGCCUGGCGAGCGGAAGGGGCGGACUGAAGACUCCGGAGCGCGUUCGCUCCUUGACACUUUUGCUGCGGAGGGAUGGCGCGGGGAGUCUCGGCGCUCUGUGGGAUGCUGCGGCGGUGGCUCUGCUUAGGACCGAGCUUGCUGUUCCUUCAGCUGCUGCUUGUGUGUCCUCCGGGCCCGGCUGGAGCUGGCCAGCUCUCCAAGUGGCGGCUACCGGCGCCCAUGGGGAAGAAUUUGUUUAACUUUGGAAAGAUUCUCUUCAACAACACUACCAUUUUCCUAAAGUUUGAUGGCAAUGCAUCAGCAUGUGAUCCUUCUCAGAGUUACAAUGUCACCUGGUACUUGAGAUAUUCUGAUUGCUAUAAUGAAGUCUUCGAUUUUGGGGAUAAGCAGACCGAGGGAGAUUUUUCGGAAGAAAUUCGAGGCUGGUCAAGGCACUAUGCUAAGUCUACACUCUUUUUCCCCAACUGCUCUGAGCUCUUCAAACCACAGUUUUUCUACAAAGAAUUUCUUCGUCCAGAAGACUUCUCACAAGAAAAAUCAGAGGAUAAGAGACAGAAUGGAACGAACCACACUUCAGAAGCAGAUAAGCCUGCAAUGAAUGCUGUGAUGAAAACCUGGAAAGAUGGACCUUAUAUCUUUAUUGUGCAAAUAGGAGUUUCACCCUUGAAAGAGGCCAGUGUCAAAGAAAAAAGAAUGACAAAUGAAUGGUUACCAAAAGUUAUGGCUACCUCUAAUCCACAAGAAACCCUUAUUACCAUGAUUGUGGAAGUCAAGGGGCCAUAUGAGUACCUUUCUCUUGCAGAUUAUCCCCUUAUGAUUUUUUUCAUGGUGAUGUGUAUAGUAUACGUGUUGUUCGGAGUUCUGUGGCUUGCCUGGUCAGCCUGCUACUGGCGAGACCUUUUGCGGAUUCAGUUCUGGAUUGGAGCAGUUAUUUUACUGGGAAUGUUGGAGAAAGCUGUUUUCUAUGCAGAAUUUCAGAAUAUCCGCUACAAAGGAGAAUCUGUCCAGGGGGCAGUGAUACUGGCUGAGCUGCUUUCGGCACUGAAACGUUCACUUGCUCGAACUCUUGUUAUCAUAGUGAGCCUGGGAUAUGGGAUAGUCAAACCCCGUCUUGGAGUAACCCUGCAUAAAGUAGUUGUGGCUGGAACACUCUAUUUAUUAUUUUCUGGCAUGGAAGGUGUCCUUAGAGUUACAGGGGCACAGAAUGAUCUUGCCUCCUUGGCUUUUAUUCCACUGGCUUUCCUAGAUACUGCCCUAUGCUGGUGGAUAUUCAUCAGCUUGACUCAGACAAUGAAACUACUAAAACUUCGGAGAAAUGUUGUGAAGCUCUCUCUCUACCAACAUUUCACCAACACUCUCAUCUUGGCAACAGCAGCAUCUGUUGUUUUUAUCAUCUGGACCACCGUGAAAUUCAGACUAGUAAAUUGUCAAUCGGAUUGGCAGGAGCUGUGGGUGGAUGAUGCCAUCUGGCGGCUUUUGUUUUCAAUGAUUCUUUUUGUCAUCAUGGUUCUUUGGAGGCCGUCAGCCAACAAUCAGAGGUUUGCUUUUUCACCAUUGGCUGAGGAAGAUGAAGAUGAUGAACAGAAGGAGCCAAUGCUGAAAGAAAGCUUUGAAGGAAUGAAAAUGAGGAGUUCAAAACAAGAACUGAAUGGAAAUCCUAAAGUCCACAAAGCAGAAGAUGACCUGAAAUGGGUAGAAGAGAAUGUUCCUUCUUCAGUAACUGAUGUUGCACUCCCAGCGCUUCUGGAUUCAGAUGAGGAAAGAAUGAUCACACAUUUUGAAAGAUCAAAAAUGGAGUGAAAGGGGAGGAAAUAGACUGCUUGUGAUCAGGGAAAAUGAGGAAAUUUGUCUUCCUUCCAAUGUUCCAGUGUUGCAUUCUUCUGAUGUGUUCUGCAGUCCUUCAUCCCUGCAGCUGAACAUUGUUCUAAGAGGGAGAACAUUUUACUUGGGUCACUUUGGAAGGGAGUGACAAAUAUGUUGGUAAACCUGAGAAAACAUUUGAAUUUGCAUUGUUUCUGCAAGUUGGUUUUAUAAGCAAUUUAAAUGUCUCUUAUUACAGCCCAUUCUGUUGUUUUUGAACUAUUUAAGUGAAACUAAAUUUUUAACAACUGUCUGAGGAACUUUUAAUUCAAUAUUACAGCUAAAUCCCAUACAUUUUAAACAAAAGAGGCAGAGGAAAAAGGGUUAUGGAUGGUUGCCUUACAAGCCAGCAAGGGUGAUCCAUGCAGAAAUGCAAGUUAGGGCAUGUAGGCAAUUACCAGCAGUCUGCACGCAUGAGAAGGAACUGCAUGUGGUGGUAAAUCCUGCAUGCAGCACUUGGGGCUGUACAUAGGGAGGGAGAAACUGAGUCCUAUCUCUCCUCUGCUUCCUAACUGAGGAUUGGCACUGGCAGAGCUGGCAGCAUCAAUCAUUAUAUGAGAUGCUUGUGCAGGGUAUUGUGUAUGCAUCCUGCUAGAAUCUAUAAAUCGGGGUAAGUACUUUUCUUUUUUCUUUCCUUGGAUACAGCAGUCGUUGACUGAAGGCUGUGGCAUCUGGCUUGGGAGAGGGAGAGAGGUUUGGAAGAAGGAAUUCUUGCUUAUGUAAAAUAGUCAAUAUAUGUCAAGGGAAGUAUUUGGAAAAAAAUAUGGUUCCUAAUGGUUUUAGCAAAAUCAAGUGCAAUUUUAUUCACCCCACUGUGUAGGAAAUAUUUUUUAAUUUUAAAUUUUACUUAGAAGCGAUAAUUGCUUAACUCUUAAGAUUUGUUGUGGCAUCUCAUUGCUGGCAAUGGGGUGUGAGCGUAAGCAGUUAAUUGUUCAGAGCAAUGUGUGAUGUAAAAACACCCCAGCAACAGUUUGCUAUCCUUAACUGGAUCCAUGCCUGUCCUUUGUUUUCAAUAUUGUUGUAUUGGAAUCUGUUAGACUCACAAAAGCACUCUAGCCAACUGAACCAACCCUGUAUAACUGGUCCACUUGACUUUAUUAUGAUUUGCCAAGCGCUGAUGACACAUCCUAUUUUUGAAGUUUCAGAUGUACAGCAAAAACAAAUUGGUUAUCUAGCCCCUCCAUGAGGCAUGUUUCUGGAGGCCUGCUCUGAAUUAUUGCAUAUAUAAAAGUCAUCUUUCCUUGAUUUGCUGUACAUGUAAACAUUAUAUUCAGUACCCACAGUCCUUUUGCAAUUCUAAAGCAAGCAGCUCCUGAAUAAGCAGCUGCUUUACAUGUACACAGCAGCAUUUCCUCAUCCUAAUAGCCUUUCCCCUUCAUAGAAUCAUAGAGUUGGAAGGGACCUCCAGGGUCAUCUAGUCCAACCCCCUGCACAAUGCAGGAAACCCACCAAUACCUACCCCAAAUUCACAGGAUCUUCAUCGCUGUCAGAUGCCAUCUAGCCUCUGUUUAAAAACCUCCAAGGAAGGAGAGCCCACCACCUCCUGAGGAAGCCUGUUCCACUGAGAAAUCGCUCUAACAGUCAGGAAGUUCUUCCUAAUGUUGAGCCAGAAACUCUUUUGAUUUAAUUUCAACACAUUGGUUCUGGUCCUACCUUCUGGGGCCAUAGAAAACAAUUCAGCACCAUACUGUAUUUGACAGCUCUUCAAGUACUUGAAGAUGGUGAUCAUAUCUCCUCUCAGCCGCCUUCUCUCCAGGCUAAACAUGCCCAGCUCCUUCAAUCUUUCCUCAUAGGACUUGGUCUCCAGACCCCUCACCAUCUUCGUCACCCUCCUCUGGACUCGUUCCAGCUUGUCUAUAUCCUCCUUAAAAUGUGGUGCCCAAAACUGACACAAUACUCUCCAAUACACAGUACUCUCCCUGCCCCAAAGGCCCAUUCUUUAUACCGCCAUACCUUCCAUGGAGCCAAGGGACAGCCUUACUUCUUCCAGUCCCCCCCCCCCCCCCCGCAACAUGCAUACUUUGUCCCUCUCUUGCCAACAUAAACCUGCCACCUCCAUGGAAAUGCUCCUGUCCCUUUCCUUGGAAUCUUUGCCUCUUAAAGCAACUGUGUUGCAAAGACCUAAGAGUGGAGUGGCGAAAGGAAUCCUAGGAAAGUUCUGGUGAAGGUGUGAGUGCGCAUGCAAGCUGUCUUAGUAAAUACAAUGCUACCUGAGAGAAAUAGAUUCAUGCUUCUGACAUCAGUGUGCAAUUAAUGAAUUUUUGCCAGUUCAUGCCUUUAGGAGCUGUGAUAGGGAUUGGGGAGGCACGGUGUUUGCUAUUGGGAUGAAUGGAGAAGUUGAAAGGCAAGCAAGGGGCCUACGUACAGUAGAACAGUGCAGGAGGCUCAGGCAGGGGGUAGGGGUCUUCGGCCAGUCCCUCCCACAGCAUAGUUUUUUCCAAAAUGAUAGAGCCUGCCCAGCACGAAGUCACUUCUGGGUGAUGUCAUUACGUUGAAUGUACCAGUGCUCCUCAAGGGUGGGGCUUUCCCACCAGCCAGUUCCGUGGCGGCAGGUUGGAGGCCCCAAAAUCAGGGGAACCACCUUCCUCAGCGGGAGGUUGGAAACCCUGCUGGUGUUUGUGAAAAAGACUUCCCAGAAAAUUGAGUUUGCCCCUGGGAAGAUACUAAAGUAUUACUAAAGGGGCAAUUUCAGUUUACCUGUUAUAAAUAUGACUGGAAUAAUUCUGUUUUGGAAAACUUCUAGGAAGUAAUGGGCAGAUAGUAUUUGAAAUUUUUCGAAUUUGGGUGCCAACAUUUGAGGUUUUUCACUGAUAUCUGGUAUAUUCAUUGUAACAGCAACAGCAGGACCUAGGGUUGCCAACUCCAGGUUUUGAAAUAACUGGAGAUUUGAGGGAAGAGUGUGGGGUUUAGGUAAGGAAGAAACCUGGGUAGGUUAGAAUGACAUACAGUCAACCUUCCAGAGCAGCCAUUUUCUACAGGAGAAGGGGAAUAAAAUAUUUUAAAUAAAUGAAUAAAAAGUUCUCUACAUAGUCUGGAGAUCAGUUGUAAUUCCAGGAGAUCCCCAGUCCCCACCUGGAGGGUGGUAACCCUAGGAGAACUAAAAAAAACCAUGUUUUGGUUAAAAAUUUAAAAUUAUUUCAAAAUUUUGGAUUUUGACUGAAAUUCAUGAAUUGGUCAGUGCUUAAAUUCUGUACUCCCAGUUUGUUUUAGCUGUAUGUAUAAGUGGUUUGGGAAUGGGUUUCCUUUAACUUACAGGAACUUUUUCAUUUGAUUGGGUCUGAGUUGUAGAUUUCUGUUCUGUAUAAAUAAAAUUCCUUUUUUUUUCUUAAACUGGA